GUGCAUAUCGACUACCUGAGAUUUUAUUUGUUUACCCUACAACUGAUAAAAGUGAUAAAAUGAACCUAAUCGAUUUAGUCCAAUGAUAAACAACUUCUUGUACAAAAUGAGGGUUCAAGAAAAUAUUAAGCUUACUCGUAAUUGGUCGGCGUCGAAGUAACUUGUAUGUCACUCCACACUUUUAAUGCAACGGCCAUAAUUUAUUUGCCAAUGAAAUUGAGUUGGAUCAACGGUGAAAUAUUCGAGUUUUUCAUUUGACAAAGGAUAAAUUCGUUGUGUUAGCUGUUAAAUUUUAAUUUCUAGUCGUUUUUUGUUGUUUGAUAUUUAAUUGUGAUGGCUAAAAUGCUGGAAAGGACUAAUAUUUUAUGCACGAGUAAAUACAGGGUAGCUUUUUGCAUCCGUGUUCUGUUAUUCUUCGGCAUACCGAUGUUCUAUUUUCUUGUGAACUCACAAAAUGCAACUAUCGAAGAGGAUAACUCAGGUUUGGAACCUAGUUUUGCAUCUCGCCACCUGUUGGGGCUAAUUGAACAAGGAAAUAAAAAUUGCACGCCGCCAGCGAUAUUAGAAUUUCCUUCUGAUGGCCUGAAUAGAUCCCAAAGACAGCACGGAUUUAUACUGAUUCAUUGCGUGUUGGCCGUGUACUGUUUUUUACUGCUGGGGAUCAUCUGCGAGGAUUACUUUGUGCCUUCGUUGGAAAUAUUAUGUGAACGUUUGAACAUGGAAGCUGAUAUUGCCGGAGCAACGUUCAUGGCUGCAGCCAGUUCAAGCCCCGAGCUCUUCAUCAACUGUAUCGGCACCUUUGUGACGGAGGGAGAUCUUGGUGUGGGCGCCAUAGUGGGUUCGGCGGUGUUCAAUGUCCUUGCUGUGCCCGCUUGCUGCGCUCUGGUUGCUGGCAGGGUGGUAGAAUUGGAUUGGUGGUCUGUCUCCCGAGAUUGCAUGAUGUACGCGGUGGCGGUCGUUGUCCUGAUCUUUACUCUACUGGAUGACAAAGUGUAUUGGUACGAGGCUUUGUUGCUGGUUGUGCUGUACACGUUCUAUAUUCUCACCAUGGUGUACAACGAGAGCCUCGGAUCCAUUGCAAGAAGCAAUUGCUGUCCUUUCAAUAGAAAAAAUAGUUACACUGAGAUUUCACCAUUAUUGGCUUCAGAGCAAAAGGACAACUUUGUAGCUCCUUCGACAACAAAGGAUAUAGAAAAAAUAAAUAGAAGUAACAGCCAAGGGUCGAAUGAUUCUGAUGUUAGUUCGAUUUGGUCCUGGCCGGGCGAGAAGUUUUCGGGUCUGCAGAAGCUGUUCUGGCUGCUUACAUGGCCCAUGGGCCUGGCGCUCUGGCUCACUAUCCCGGACUGCAAGAAGCGACAUAGCUUGUACCUUCUGACCUUCACCAUGUGCGUCUUGUGGAUCGCCUCCAUGUCCUACUUAGUCGCAUGGAUUAUCACUGUUAUUGGCGAUACCCUCAAUAUUCCGGAUAGCAUUACUGGCCUCACCAUUUUAGCAGCGGGCGCUAGUCUACCAGAAGCUGUGUCGAGCGUCAUUGUCACAAAGCAAGGUCACGGUUCAAUGGGCAUCAGCAAUACAAUAGGAUCGAACACUUUCGACAUCCUGUUAUGUCUAGGGUUGCCCUGGCUUGUCAAAUCCGUGUUCUUUCCUUCGUAUCCUGAUAAUCAUUGGGUAAUGAUCAACUCAAGUGGCCUCUCCUAUAGCGCUAUAUCUCUUCUAUCUACUUUAUUAGCGUUUUACUUAUUCCUCCUUUUAAACAAGUUCCAAUUAGAUUGGAAAGUUGGUUUGUCAUAUGCAGUAGUGUAUGCUGGGUUCCUUGUAAUGGCUGCAAUGAUUGAGCUCAACGUACUUUUCCCAGUUAAUUUGCCAAUUUGCCCACAUUCAUAAAAGUAUGUUUUGUAGCUAGUAUUGCGGGACCGAACAUAGAGAAACAAAUGAAUCGGUCACCUUAGUUAUUGCAUGCACAUAAGGUUUGGACCCUAGUAAAAAGCUCCAUAGCAGCGACCUGCGAAGGUGAUUGCAAAGUAGCAGUCCGAUCACAAGUCAAUUUCUUCGCGGCUUUGCUUCGAGAAAGCUUGCAAAAGCAACGAAUAAGCUUAGUCGCACUGAUUGUGCUAAAGCUGCAACUUGCAGGAUCCCUCAUGUACUUAAUCGUAGGUUUAUUCUUCAUGUUCCUUGUUGUAUAAGAAUUUUUAGAAGUCACAUGAGAAACGUCGCCGUCGCGCGUCGCUGCUUUUAAUCGUUAUGUGGGUCCAAUCCAUCAAGCCAUAAAGAUUAUGAAUAUUACUAGCUUUACUCGAUGUCAUCGAAGAAAAGUGUAGUGGUUAAAAUAAUUAAUUUACAUUGUUAGUUAAUAAUAAUUUUAGAAUAAUAACUUAAUAUUUUAUAUUCUUACGAUUUUAGGAUUGGAAUUUUAAAUGUUUAUUAAUUGUUUAACCUUACUAAUAUUUACUAACUUUUUAAAUGAACUGUUACUAUUUAUUUGAUAAUUUUCUAUAGGCACUGUUCUAGUUUCAUGUACUAUCUGACAAUUCUACUUUUAAUAAUUAUAGACAUAACAUACAACACGGUAUCACCAUUAGUUCACUACUUUCGGCACGUGCAAGUCAAUAGGUGAACGUAGCGAAUUGUUCCAGAUUCUUUAUGCAAAUCCUAAAACUUGGUAGGCGCUGGCCACCUGCCUGGUCUGGCAAAUAUUCGCGAAGACGUGAUCCUCAACAUGUUCGCCGAUUGCGUUGGACCAUUGUGAACUAUGUUAUUUAGGUACAUACUAACAGUUUCCAUUUCUUUUGCAUGUUUUUAAAAUGUCAAACGUCCGCGCUAACAUAAAUUUAAUUAAAUAUAAUUAAUAAUAUAAUUAAAUAUAAAUUAAAUAUAAUUAAUAAUAUAAUUAAAUAAAAAACAUAAAUAUAAUUCCCAAUAGUGUUAAGGUCAGAUUUUAAUAAUUUUAAUAUUUUAUAGUAUUUCAUUGGUGUUGUUACUUAAAUAAGAAAUCUUUACAUUGUCACAAUUUUGGUUCACUAAUCUUGUAAUUAAUGAAAUCCAAUUUAAUUUUAUGACAUAAUCUCUAAUAAUAUAAUUAAUUAAUUUUAUAUGUCUCUACUUUACCUGCCGAAUCUCGUGCUUGGAGAUUGCUAGUCUCUUCUAUGGAAAGUGGCAAUGUAUAUAAUUUUCAUUUCUUCAUUUUAAUAAUUUUCAUUCAUAUGAAUUCUAAUUUCUGCAUGAU